AUGCCUGAGCCAGCUAAGUCCGCUUCUGCCCCGAAGAAGGGCUCCAAGAAGGCGGUGACCAAGGCGCAGAAGAAGGACGGCAAGAAGCGUAAACGCAGCCGCAAGGAGAGUUACUCGGUGUAUGUGUAUAAGGUGCUGAAACAAGUUCAUCCAGACACCGGUAUUUCAUCCAAGGCUAUGGGCAUUAUGAAUUCCUUCGUCAAUGACAUUUUUGAGCGCAUCGCGGGUGAAGCCUCUCGCCUAGCACACUAUAACAAGCGAUCGACCAUUACUUCCAGGGAGAUCCAGACUGCUGUGCGCCUGCUGCUGCCUGGAGAGCUGGCCAAGCAUGCUGUGUCGGAAGGCACCAAGGCUGUUACCAAGUAUACUAGUUCUAAGUAA